GAGGUUUCUGUUGUUGUCCUGUCUCUCCUGGCGUCCUGCUUCCCUUCAUCCACUCUCUUUUUUUUCUGGCUUUUCCCUUCUCCUCCUUCCGCUCACGCUCCCGGUGGAGUUGGGACUCUUCCUCGGCAGAGUCCUGUCAGAUUCGCAGCGUCUGUCCACUUUUUGGGGGGGGAGAUCCAACAGAAGCCAGAAAACCAUGCUGAGAGUUUUGGCGUUGGCGUCAGUGGUCCUCCUGGGAAUAGCACCCCAGGCAUCCCAGGCCAUCACUGUUUACACCAGCUGGGAGCGCCACGCCCUGGUGGGCUCAGACAUCAGACUGUCCUGCUCCUUCUUCUCCUGGCGCUCCAUUUCCGAGGAUGUUUCCUUCACCUGGAGAUACAGACCAGACGGCUCGAAGGACAGCAUCUCUAUCGCCCACUUCGCCGGUGGUGAGGCCUACACUGACAACAAAGGCGUGUUCAAGGACAGGGUGGAGUUCGUGGGGAACCCGAAACGUCGUGAUGGCUCCAUCCUGAUCAAAAACUUGGAUUUCAGCGACAACGGCACCUUCACCUGCGACGCCAAGAACCCCCCUGACAUCGUGGGGCGCCCCUCCAGCGUCCGGCUGCUGGUCUUUGAGAACUUGCCCAUCCAAGCGGGUGUGAUCACGGGGGCCAUCAUCGGUGUGGUGCUGGGCCUGCUGGUGCUGAUUGUGGUCAUCUACUAUCUAAUGAGGUUCCUGGUGGCGCGUCGCGUCUUCAGCCUUAGCGUCAGCAAACAUGGCAAGAAAAAGAAAGAGGGAUCACAGCAGAGACAGGGCCCCGCGCCUCCCGCUGACCCCUCCAAGGUGAAGGCGGCCGUCUCGGAAAAGAAGAAGCAGGAGUCUCGCAAGGAUAAGAAAUAGGAUACGGGGCAGGGCUGGGGCGGGCUGCUCCAGCCCCUGCGCCAGGUACUGGCGGCGAAGGUCCGACCCAAACAGAAGCAGCAGCAAACUAUCAUCAAGGGGGCGGAGAGGGAGGGGGGAGGCGGCGGCGAAGAGGGAUCUGGUCGGGUGCUUAUGACCAUUGAGCUGGAACUGACCCGGCAAAACGGGGAGGAAGGUUCCAGUGGUGAGGCAGGGACCGGGAGGUCGGCGCCGCCGGGCCUCCUCUCCCGCCUUUCCGAACGGUUCACCUUCAAAUAACAAGAGAGUUAAACCACAAACCUACUUUACAUCCAGCACUACAGCACCUGAGUCUCUGAAUAAAUAUAUUAAAUCAUAUCUGCUCUUGUCACAGAAUGUAGACGCUACUACUGUACGUGGGCCCAGAUGUCACGAUAAUCUCUAACACCGGCCCGGAUCCCUGACUGCUUUUGUUAGGUCAUAAGAUAUGCCAUUUGAAGCGAGACCCCGAGACGGCCCGGGCUUGAUAACAAAAUCUAAAAAGGCUGCUCCCUGGGUUUUGCCUCUCUGGUUCCUUUCAUUGUGAUCCUAUCCACUGAAAAAAGCUUUUUCUCUGAGUGCGUCCGAUACGCAUCACAAAUCCCUGGCUGCGGGGACAAGCCAAUUUGCUCUUUUUUUCUUUCCUUUCCAGAAGUGAUGUGUCAAACUCCAGCUUUCUCUCCUUACGCUGAUUUCUGAUUUUCUCCCACCCACACCUGUCCCUUCCCAUUUCUUCUUCCUAUUCCAAUAAAUUUCUGGACUUUCUUGUUAAUUCAAAUUACAGAAAUGAUUUAUAUGCUAACCACUCUGUCCUGUUCUUUCUCUUCCUUCCCCUCUUUUUCUUGCUCCUGUAGAUAAAGGUCUGACUUCUCCAUGACUGCCUCCACUCCUCUAGUCUGCUCCCUCUUUUUCUGCCCAGCCUGAUGCAACCCCCAUUUUUUUCCAUUAUCUGUACUCUCUCAAGACAGCACUGGCUGUAAGAAUAGCUCCCCGUAUUUCACUGUGCAACAGUGUCAAAUAAUUUUUACAACGCCUCAUCGAAGACGGCGUUUGUGAUCACUGGGCUAACUGUAGAAGUCUUUAAGGCCUAGCUAUGCACAUAACUCGACAGACCACCCCUCAUGUGUUUAAAAUCUUCCCCCUUCACUUUAAUGUUUACGACUCAAUCACGUCCACCGAGCGGAGCUGCCAGCGCACACUGGACUUCACAUAGAGGAAAAACAGAGCGUGAUAGCCAGAGAGAAAUAUGAUUCCUGCUCUCAGCCGACGCAGAUAGAAGUUCAAGCCCCGGAGCUCGGAGGUGAUUCAAUCCUCUCACAUUUGAGCUAAUGGAGGUUGUCGCUGUGUCCCUGCCCAGGCUGAAGGGGGGCUAUUUCUGGCCUCUAUAAGAGAGCACAGGCUUACAGUAACAGCUGCACAUUUUUCAACCAACAAGGGGGGGUUGGAGGUGGAGGUGAUUUUUAUUUUUUUUUCCUUCCCGUUUGUGCCUGAGAGAAUGUCCGCGGCCGGCUCAGCGGCCAGUGACUGACGAACUGGAAUGACGUCACGGCCUCCAGCGGCCGGCGGAUGGAUGCUCUCAGGAGUCUUACCGGGAAGAGGUGCAGCUCCCUAGUUAUUUUAGGUCCAGUUAAUCCACUCGCACGUUUCUCCUAAUUAUUUUCGUGUGUGCUGGUAACAUGAUAUCUCUCACCGCAUCUCCCCCCUGCCUCCUCCGCCGUCUCCACUUCAUCUCUGCCCCCAUCUUGGGAAUCAUCUCCCCCAGUUUCGCUGCCUCUGUCCUCUAUGUCUUUGGCUUCCCUUUAUCUCUUCCCUGUCCUGCUGUCUACUGAGUCCGUGCCGCAUUAUUCCCCCACUGAAAAGGUCUAUACACAAUCCAAUCUACUCUUUAAGCUUCUCCUUAUCUGACUGGCAGGCCAACAGCUCAAUGCUUCACUCUCAUCCGUCCUUCCUCCUCUUCUGCGUCUUCGUUACUCUCUUUUCCAAACUCGGAGGCAGACGUUUCUUUCGCGCCGUCCUCCAUCUUUGCCAGUGAUUGACGAAAAACGCCCUCCUGCUUUGCCCUUCAAACACACCAGAGGCAAGACUUUCCCCUAAGUCCGGGUCUCAGUUAAACACCUGCAUUCUGUACCUAUUGUCACUUAGUACCUGCAAACAAAGAAUUUCAAGGGUUAGCAUUAAUUCAAAAUACUGAAUUUUAUAUAUAAUGUAUUUUGUCAUUUGCAGAUGACUUCAUAUUUCAACCUUUAUAUCAAUGUACUGCAGACUUUUAUGAAAUAUCUCAGAUUAUGAACCCUUAUUGAACUAAGAUUACUCUCCCUGACAUUUUGAUGUUGUAUAUUAUUUAUUGGAUUCAUAAAAUGUUAUAGUAAAAUCAGAGUAGGUGAAAUAGACUUAAAGUUUAUCACAAUUUUUGUGGUAGUAUAACAAUAAAAGUGACAAUAAGAACUAUUUAUUGAUUCAUUUUACAGUAUGUAUUACAUUUAUUGCAUUGUUAACAAUAAGAUAAAUACACACCCCUUUUUUUUAGGGACUUGAGUGUCCUAUUUGUAAUAUGCUUCAUUAGGUCACCAGUCACAUAAAGAUGUGUAAUUCAUGUCAAUAAACUUCAAAUCGUCGCAGCAUAUAAUCAUAUUUUCAAAUUUAUUGAUAUUUAUUCAGGCUUUCGGUGAAUAAACUGUGGGGAAAAAUAUUAAAGCUAACAAUCCUGACAAAACAAACCAUUUUAAAGUUUCAAACAUCAUUAACUGGAAUUUAUCAUGGUGAUGAAUCCAAAUUAUUAUAAUAAAAAAUGAAUCCCGAUAAAUGAUAAAUAAUACAGUAAAUGCCCACCCUGACAGUAAACUACUUCAAAUUAUCAGUUGUCAAAGUAGGUGUGAAACGUCCUCAUGAUAAUUUGCCUGUAUGAAACGUCCUGUACCAGAUGGAUCCUUUUGGGUCCAUUUGGUACGAAACGAUCCAAACUGCAAAGUUACAAAAUGGCAAAGGUACUAAAUGAUCAUCAACCACUUCCCCUUUGUCCCUGACCCUGAUUUGCCCUCCUUUUUUGCUGGUUUGAAAGCCAAACACAUUCCAACGCCCCCUACUGGCUGAGGAACACUCCUGCACUCAAGACGUCAAGCAGAAACUUAUCCUUCAAGCAAGCUCUCUUCUGGUCGCAAAUGUCCGUGUAUGUGUUUCGUGUUACAGAGUGUUUAAAAAAUAGAUUUGUUAUAAUUCCAAACAAUGGCAGUGAGUGAAGCAAAUAAUGUUUUCUGGGGCAGUUUUUACAUGUGCACACAUACGGAGAACAUGUUUACCAAAGCAGGAAAGAAAUGUAAUAGUACUCUGUAGAAUAUGCCGUUGUAUUUCUGGCCUUGUGUGUUAUGGCAGGUACUGUGUGGCUGUCUCUUGGGUGAAUUUUAUUCAGAGAUGGAAGAAAAUUGAGGCCGUGGUGCAGAGAGUGAGAGCGGAUAGCCUCAGAUUCAUCAUUCCAUGGCUGGGGAGGAAAGAAAAACCACAGAGGAAGGUGCUUGCUGUGGAAGCAAAGCUUUGCAGGAAGAGACUUAUCUGGCCUGUUAAGCCCUGCCAAAAAAUCUGUAUGUAUCACUACAGAUAGUCUGCUCUUCCCCCUAGAGCUUUUCUUUUAAAGGUGCUCCAUCCCAACCCUGAGCCAAAGAUGGAUCGUAAUCUGCGAGCUUGAUAUGCAGGACAGAUAGUGCAGACUUGAACUUUUCCCUGAAAAUUCAUAACAGAAAUAGGUGGUGUUGAAAUCCACACAUUCAUCUCUUUCACUCGUCGCUGUUUCUUAUCCAGUCAAAUGGAUUCGUUAGAAUGUUUUCUUGUUUUAAAGCAAAGCCACACAGAUGCCUGACAUAACAUGAAUAGUAUUUACAUGCCUUGUAAAAUUAUUUAUAUGCAAUAUAAACUGUUUUAGCUAUACAGUAGUCUCUGAUUAACAUUUUGAUUUGAAACAACUGGAGCUUCUUAGAUUUUUUUCAAUGCUCAUAAUAAUUUAAGGACGCUAACAUCUUUUUGACUCUGUAUGUUGUAAAGAGAAGAAUAAAAGCCAUAAGCACCGCUGUUGAGCAGUAAACCCAGCUGAAAAUAUC